AAUCCGCACCUUUUUGCCGUCUUCCAUCACGCAUCUACUCAUCCCCUCAACUCAAUCCGUCGGCAAAUGAGCAUGUAUCCUGGAUGGACAGGCGACGAUUCGUACUGGGCGGGCGCCGGCACAACGGCUUCUUCUCAAUCCGCAUCAUCCGGCACAUCUGCUUCAGCAUCGUCUAGUGCUGCCGCUGCUGCUGCUGCCAAUAAUUUGAAAACCUACGAACUCUACAAUCACACCUACAUGAACAAUAUGAAACAUAUGCUUGCUGCCGGUUGGAUGGAUAAUUCAUCAAAUCCAUUCGCCUAUAACCCACUUCAAGCAACAUCUGCAAAUUUUGGUGAAACUAGAACUUCAAUGCCAGCAAUCUCGCAACCAGUAUUUCCAUGGAUGAAGAUGGGCGGUGCAAAAGGUGGAGAAUCAAAACGCACUCGUCAGACAUAUUCAAGAAGUCAAACAUUGGAAUUAGAAAAGGAAUUUCAUUAUCACAAAUACUUGACUAGGAAACGUCGGCAAGAAAUUUCAGAAACAUUGCAUUUGACUGAAAGACAAGUAAAAAUCUGGUUCCAAAAUCGUCGUAUGAAACACAAAAAAGAGGCAAAAGGAGAAGGUGGAAGCAAUGAAUCAGAUGAAGAAUCAAAUCAAGAUGAGCAAAAUGAACAACAUUCUUCUUGAUUUUCACUUUUUUUGGUCAGAAUCUAAUUUGAAUUUCUUUUUACCUCGUUUCCGGUCGCUUUUCAUUGUUUUGCUCCCAUUUUUGUCAUUUUCCUUUGAUUUUUUGCAUUCUUCAUCGGUGAUAUAUUGCUUUUAAACGACCUGAAAGGAUUCCACGCCCUUUCGACGGGUCUUUGUUUUUAUUGAUUAUUUCUCAAUUUCUUCCUUUGCUUCUUUGGGAUUUGAUGAUCUCAACCUUUGUCUCGAAAAUUGUUUUUUACACACUGCUAGCCUAUUUUUUGAUUUUUUUUUCUUGAAAAUUUUUCUACAGUAACAUAUCUGUUUGCUUUGAUUUUUGGAGAUGAAAUUGAUCUGUCAUUAUGUUUCACAGAGGACCUCACAAAUUGAAGGACAUUUGUGAAACGACACAUAUUUCACUGUGCCAGAUGCAAAAG